ACUCACACGCGCGCACACACACACUCCGGCCAGAGUUAAGCGUGUGAGGAGGAGGAUGAAGUUGGUGUGAAGGAGCUGGAGGACUGCUCGUGUGUGUGUGUGUGUGUGUGUGUGUGAGUGUGAGUGUGUUUAACCUUUGGGACAUGAGGAGCGGAGAGAAUCGGCGCCUCACCGGUGGGAGAAGGUGGAGGCGAGGUCGAGCCAAGCGAGGACUGUUCGCAAUGUUAUCUUCAGCCACUGAUGCCACAUUUCAAAGAAGAAAUUGGAAGAUGGUACUAUGGGUGCUUGUAUCUCUGCUGCCCCUGGUAGUUGGAGAGAGGCCUGGGUUUAGGGAAGACCCUGUGGAUGCGGUGGGUUUAGUUACAACCAUGCUGGAUGAGCAGCCGUUUGACGCCCUCCCCGAGGAAGAUGAGGAGAUGGGAGAUGGAGACAGCCAUUCUCCAUGGCAUAACGUUUUCGAACCUUCGGUUCUAGUCGAGGAAGACCGUCCGGCUCGGUGGGAGCGUUCCCCACGUUCCUCAGAUGCCUCUGAUGCUCAAUCCAAAGGCUCACGCAAGAAAAAGAAGAAGAAGAAGAAAGAAAAGGAGAAGGAUGAGGAUGAUGGGCGGGGCCAGAGCAGCCGUGACUGCCACCUGGAGAGGCGUAAGAUGCGAGUGAGGGACCUGGGGAUGGGUUAUGACUCAGAUGAGAUUGUGCUCUUUAAGUUUUGCGUGGGCUUGUGCCAGAGUGCACGGGGGAACUAUGACGCUGCGUUGCGGGCUCUGCUGACUAAUGGCAGUCUGCCCAAACGAACAGCACGCAAGGUCAGCACCGGGCCCUGCUGCCGACCCACGGCAUACAAGUCUGUCUCCUUCAUGGACACGUCCACAUCAUGGAGGACCAUCGAGAACAUCACAGCCUUGGACUGCAAGUGCGUGGGCUAAGUUAGUGUCAGAGGAGGAGAAAAGAAAUCGA